AUGUCUUCUGAUGAGCAAGAUGCCUUGGAUGCCUUGGAACGAGAGGCAUCGGACUUUACCAAGGACGCCGAGAUCGAUCGCAUUAGAAAAGCCUUUUCGUUAGAUGCCUACGCCGUGCUCGAUCUGCAGCCGGGAGUGACAGAAUCUGAUAUCAAAGUGCAGUAUCGCAAAAAGUCCCUUUUGAUCCAUCCGGAUAAGACGAAAAAUCCCGCAGCACCGGAUGCCUUCGAUCGCCUGAAGAAAGCCCACUCCACUCUUAUGGACGAGAAAACCCGUACCUAUCUAGACGAGUGCAUUGCCGAUGCGCGCCGUUUAUUGAUCCGCGAACACAAGUACACUGUGGACUCGCCUGAGCUGCAAACGGACGAAUUCAAGAAGGAGUGGCGCCAGAAGACGGUACAGGUGCUUCUGGAAGAGGAGUCACGUCGACGUAGGCAAGCCAAGGCGCGCUUACAAGAGGAAGGACGGGAGAGGCGCAAGGAAGAGGAGGAGAUUGCGGAGCGGAAACGGAAACGGGACCAGGACAAGGCGUGGGAGGAUACUCGCGAUGAGCGAAUUGGCAGCUGGCGAGAUUGGCAAAAAGGGCAAAAGAAAGGAGAAGGGGAUAAGAAAAAGAAGAAGAAACUGAAAGUGUUAGGCUAA